AUGGUCCACAUCAACAUUCCCCAGAACUACACCCAGUCCCCCUCUUCUUUUGUGGGGACUCCCUCAUUGACCAUCAAUCAUGAGGCUACGCAGGAUCUCGACUCUUCCAGUGCCUUUGAAGGCCCUGAGAAGCUGCUAGAGGUGUGGUUUGCCCCAUCCGCUGAUGAGCUCGGCGUGGCAGGUCCCGAUGGUUUGAAGAAGGUGUCUGGUGAGAUCUGGAAAGACAUGCUGGAUCUCGUCAACUGCCAGGUCCUCUCCGUCGUCUCUUCCGAUGACGUUGAUGCCUACCUGUUGUCUGAGUCCAGCAUGUUCGUCUGGCCUCACAAGCUUAUCCUCAAGACCUGCGGCACUACUACUUUGCUAUCCGGUCUCCCACGCAUCCUUGAGAUUGCCACUCUGUUUGCGGGUUUCCCGCGCGCCACGGCACCUCCCUCUCGAGGGAUCACGGUUGCCGCAGCCCCAUACCGAGUGUUCUACAGCCGCAAGAACUACUUGUUCCCCGAUCGCCAGCGAGGCCCGCACCGAAGCUGGCGUGACGAGGUCCGCAACAUGGACAAGCUGUUCGCCAAUGGAAGCGCCUAUAUGAUCGGCAAGAUGAAUGGCGAACAUUGGUACCUGUAUCUGACCGAGCCUUACACCAUGCUCACUCCCCCGGCGAGUCCCCAGGAGGAUGCCUGCUUCCAAGAGACUGAGACCAAGGUCCUCAGCUUCCCUGAGGCUCGCGCAAUCCCCAACAGUGAUGAGCAUGAUGAAACCUUGGAGAUCCUCAUGACCGACCUGGAUGAGGAGAACGCGAAGCAGUUCUAUCUAGACAAUGCCACCGCCACUGCCGAGAAGACCUAUCGGAACUUCGACAAGGAGGAGGGCACAGAGCACCUCGAUGUCUUUGGCAAUGGUGAUGAAGACAUUAUCGAUGGAGGCCGUGUGCUCCCGCCGGAGCUGACUACCGAGGGUCACGCGCUCGGCACUGUUGUUUCUGAGUCGUGCGGUCUGUCCGACGUGUACCCGAAGAGCAAGUUCCCCGAUGCUCGCAUUGACGCGUACCUCUUCACUCCCUGUGGCUUCUCCGCCAACGGUGUUGUCCCUGCCCCCAACGGCAAGGCCCCGACUCAUUACUUCACCGUGCAUGUCACUCCGGAGCCACACUGCUCGUACGCGUCUUUCGAGACCAACGUACCGCACUCGCAGAAUGGCAAGACCACCGCCGACAUUGUUCAGCAGGUUGUGGACAUUUUCAAGCCUGGCCGUUUCAGUAUCACGGUGUUUGAGACCAAGGCCACCGUCCACGAUGUUGAUACCGAUAGCGCCAGCUUCCACGAAGUGCAGGCUCUUCGCCGUAACCCCAAGAAUGAGCUGGUCAAGGGCUACCGUCGGGUUGAUCGGAUCGUUCACGAUCUGAAUGGAUACGACCUAGUAUUCCGCUACUACGAGCGCAACGACUGGAAAGGGGGGGCACCCCGGAUUGGUGAGAAGUUUUAG